AUGUUAGAGCAUUUCCAGCUGGAUGCCCUAGCCCGAGCAAGAGGCCCCCUAGGCCUUCAUUCGUGUUUCCAGGGCCCCAUUCUUGCCUGGGCAAGAGAUGGGCUCCACCAACCCGGGCAAGGCCCAAGGCAACAUCAGCCCACCCUCUUGCCUGAGGGCUAUGACGUCACCGAUGACGGCGUUAGCGCAAGAAAUCAAAUUUUUUUACCAUUGGCGUGUGACGUACACGCGGGGACUGCGCACAUCACGCACACCAACGGUAAAAAAAAAUUUUGA